GUACUGUCUGUCAAUUGUUAUACUAAUCAGAUGGCACUGCAAAACUAUCAUCAGUCACUCAGUCAGUCUCAAAGAGUAUAAUAAGUAGUCAGGAAGUCAGUCUGUGUAUGUUAAAGUACCUAUACAAGUAUAAGGAAACAGUCAGUUUAUUGUUCGGACAAAGGAUACAGCACCACACGCACUCUAUAAUAGAAAUCCAAGUCUAUUCUUGACAACAUACUUCAAUAUGGCUAAAGUGAAGACUUGGAAAACAAAAGCAGAUGUAUUGCGAGAUAUUGCUGAAGCAACAGGGACGGUACAGAAAAAGGAUAUAGCUGCGCAAUUUAUAGUUGUGGGGGAUGCACCGCCACCACCACUUCUCAUGGAGGACGAAGAUUCUGACAUGAACCUGAUGUUUGGUGAUUGUUAUAGAAGAUUAUCACAGUCCGAGAAUUCAGGCCCCGACCUUGCUGGUAUAAGGCAAAUGCUAGAUUUAGUGCGGAACUUUGAACGUGAUGAUGAUGAAGAUUCUGGUUGCAUAGAGGAUCAUCGUAAAUACGAAAUUACUAUUAGCAAAUCUAACACUGAUAGGUCAUUGAACCCCAAUGUCCCUGAAUUUGUGCCAAAUGUAGGUAAUACAGAAACUAGUGUUAUCGGUGUUCUACAGAGUGCCAGUGCAUGUGUAGAGACAAGAGAAAAAAUAUUUGACUGUGGUGACAGCAACAAUGUGACAGAUACAGGCACACAAGCAACAAGGUAUGAUGAAGACGUUACAACCGCUCUCAAAAACACUAUUAGUAAGGCGGCUAAGUCAGACAGUCAGUCGUAUCAUUUAAAAAAACAAAAAAACGUUGCUAUAGCAACAUUAUUGCGGCUCUAUGCUAACAACGACACCAACUCGAAACCAGACGUAAAGCUAUGGACUCCAGAGCAGUUUGAAAAGACUAAAGAUGGAAGUUCAGAUGUUAAGGUUGAAGAAAGUUAUGCGUCAGAUUAUGUAACUCCUAAGGCUUUACCUGUGACUCCAAUCGAGCCCAUAAGAAGGCCAGACAGCAUUGAAGGGGACAACCCAAAAAGAGCCUUGGUCCAGGACCCGGAAAUUAGAGAAUCAAUCGCAAAAGUCAACCGGUGGUUAGCAGCGCCUGUUCAAGAAAAACUGCCAAAAACUCCUUACCUGGGCCCUAUAUGCUUUAAGAGAAAAGAUCCAGUCAAGCCCAGCACUUCUUCAAAGUCCGCUUCUCCACAACCCAGUACGGCAUCAAAGUCUGAGAGUCCAUCGACAACAAUAAAAUUAUUCCAACCUAGCAAGUACGCUACGGACUUGGGCAAACAGUAUCGGGAUCGCUGCGAACAAAAACAGAAAGAUGCUGAAAUAAAUGUCAACUGGGACAACCUUAGUGAUGUAUUAAAACAAAAAGAUUUGGCUGCGAAACGACGGUUGGCUGAGCAAAUGUCACCUAGCACGAGCAAUGCUGACACAACAACAACAAUAACAAAAUAGAUAUUGAAUGAUAUUUGUGAAAAAAAUUAGAUUAGAAUACAUCUAUGUUAUGGCUAAGUACCCGAAACCCUUUUUGUUAAACUAAAAAUUGUGUAUAUUAUGUGAUCUUUGCAAGGUCUAUAGAAAAUUUGAAAUUAAAAGAAAUAUAAAUUUUGACUUAUAUAUUUAUAUAUAUGUGACAAUAUCUUUAAAAUUGACUGACAUAUCGUGUUUGUGAUAGGUCAAAAUUGUAUCUCAGGAUAGAUUAAGUCAACCAUUUUUUAGAUUGUCAAAAAUAAGUAACUCAGUCCUUUAUGGGAUUCUGUGUUAAAUGUUAUAAUAGAGUUAUGAGAAAUACAUAAUCUGAAUGAAUCAAAAUUUUAACUAUGCAUUAAAAAAACGUUAUGUAGACAAGCAUACUACAAAGUAAAUGAUUAAGAAGAUAAAAAUGCUUGGAGGCAAGCUGGUCCGGCUCCACAGGGUAACGAAAAAAUUUAAUAAUAUAACCAUGUUAUUUCAAUGUGUUCUGUACUUUAUACAAUUAUCGUAAAUGUGAGAGCCCAGUAAUUAGUAGAAUGUAUUUGUGUCAGCUUGGAGUUGUCAUGCUCACUCAAAGGUCUCAUUGGCGGCAGUGCCGGCGUAAGGGCCACUGAUACCCCGGGCGAAAAUAUUGUGGCGCCCACUUGAGGGAAGCAAUAUCAAGUGUUAGCAGUAGUUUUUCAUUUUAUUGGCGCCCCACAGACUUUGUCGCCCUGGGCCAUCGGCCCAUGUCGCCCCCUAACGCCGGCACUAUUUGGCGGUGGCACGGGCAUUGGAUCGCUCGAUUCCCUGCAACAUGGUUGAGUUGGGCGGUGCUGAUGUACGUGUCAUGUUCGUAAACGGGCGCUGUCAACUGGGACUGGUCAGCUCCAGAUUGCAUUGAUUUUGUUGUCCUCAAGGUUAUUUUCUUUUUCUAUCAUUUUGACUGAAUAUUAGUUUUACAUUAUUCUUACAUAGUUGAAGAAAUCGAAACAACCAAGAAUUGUAUUGUGAAUCUGAUUGAAAAGGAGUAACCUAUGGAAUUUCUUGCUGGCUCUUCGCCAUAGGAAUCUACACUUUGAACCGACAGACAGACAUUAUCAAUAUUAUUAUAUUUGCAUUGACGUUCAAAAGUGCCUUCUUGGUCUAUUUGAAAUAAAUGAUUUUGACUUUGACUGUGAAAUUGGUAAAUUACCAUUUAUUCUAGGAUUAGGCUCCCUGCCUAAUAAACUUGAUAUAACAUUGCCAAAUAUUAUUAGUAUAUUACUUUUAAGAAAAAAAAUAUUUAUUGUUAUAAUAAAAUUAAUGGGAGGCUAGUUUCAGGUGCUAAGCCGUUAUAAGUGUCUAAACACACUAUGCCGAGGAUACGCGACGUGUUUAGACACUAGGGGUGCUUUUCGACCAGAGAUGUGCUAUGUAAUUAUGUUACGAAGAUGAAAUAGCUAAGCUGUGAAACUAUGUGACCGUUUCCACUGAUACUAAGCUAUGUAGCUGUGCGAGGAAGAAGCGCAGCUCAAGUAUGCAAUGUAUCGAUUGUAAGGAAGCUAUCCAUAGCACGCGUCUUUCCAUAUAAAAAACUUUUUUAGCAUUGAUAAGUGUGCAUUUGGCCACCUUAGCCAACAUAGCUUAGCUGAUUGGUGAAAGCCAAACGCAUCCACAUAAACGUAGCAUAGCACAUCUUUGGUGGAAAUGCACCCUAACACUAAUAUUGACUGAUUUUUAAUCUGUCAUUUAGUGAUCUUGUCCAAAUAUAUUCUAUUACCAGGCAAUAUGUCCUAUAGUGUAGAGAGAAUGAUUGAUUUAUUAUUUAAAAGUAAGUACUAAGUGCAGUAGUCAAGGUACAAUAGAUAUUUUGUUUAAUAGAUAAUUAUAUUUUUAGCAAUUUUACUAUUGGAUAUUAAUUAUUAUAUUGUAAGUUUAUAAAUGUUAUAGUGUAAUUUGUUGUUCGAUAUCUUGAACAAUGGUUUAUAUAAGAAAUUUUGGCAUGUUUAUGAGUAUUAUAACUAUGUAAAAACAUUAAACACGAACAUUUAAAUAAUUUUAGAUGCUAUUUAGUGUGCAAUAAAGAAUUUGAUAAUGCUUUGUGAUGAAAUGUUUGAAUAUACAAUCUACUACAGUACAGGCACUCAAGUUUUUAUGUACUAACUGAAAAUUGUUGAAGACAAACCGACACAUUGUAUUCUUGUAUAUGUGAUAAUAUUUCUCCCUAUUUCAUUAUAAUACAUAGUGAGAUAUUGUUAUCUGUUAUUGUGUAUGGAUAUUAAUGUUGGACUAUAAAUAGGAAUGAAAGAAGGGUAUAUAAAGUUCCAAUGAAUGGACUAAUCACAAAAUGUAUGUCCGUGUUACAAAGCUGCUCUCAGCAAAUGCUGGAAGAUGAUUCUUCAACUUUUUGGUUUCUCUUGGUAUGAAUAUGUAAUGAAAACAAAUAUAAAAGCAUAAUUUUAUUAUAAGUAACUUUCGUGAGACAUACUAAAUUAAUUAUUAUGUUAUCGGCUUAACGUAACUGACAAAGAGCUCAUUUAGUUUCAAACCAUGCAUGCUAGAAGGCUCAUAUUCAUGAGCAGCAUUCCGCGACACACGACACAGCUGCGCGACUCGCUCGUCAAACAGUUACGUGAGUAAGCCGAAAACAUAAUCAUUAAUACAAAAGCAAGUGAUGGAUUUGAAGUGGCCCGUAGAUUGUAGGAUAAAAAGAAUUUGUGAUUGGAUAUCGUCUGAGAAGGGCGAAACGAAAAAAAAUUGGGAGCCAAACCCAUAACUUAGAAAGAGGGCAGGCACAAAAAAUUCUUAAAGUGGGUGACAUUAAAUUUUCAAGACGUUAAAGUUUAGUAAAGUGUACUUAAGUUAUCGUCUUCAUAAAUGUGGAUUUGUACGGUUUUUGAAAUUGACUUUUGAGACAAUUUAUAGUGGUAUGUGUAUAAAGUUACCAGUCUGUUUAUCCUCACGGGGAAUAAGAUUGUGAUAUUCGAAAAUGUGACCUUAAAGUCCUUAGCUGUUUGGACACGACUGUUUAUGUCCUUAUAUUUUAUACGCUCAAUGAAUAUAUAUUGAUGUUAUUAUACGUAUUGGUAAUAAGGGCCUUCGCCCACAGCGACUUUGUGUAGCAAUACUGUGGCGCAUUUACUACAAGCGCGAGAGCAUCGCUACUAUGUUGCCCGCCACACCCUCCCAUACCGCUGCAACUUCUGUAAACCAGGAUCUACAGUAGAUACAACCAUGAAAACACCGGAACAUUGAAGUCCGGCGCGUUCCAGGACUGUCUUGGAUCCCGCAACGAAAUUAAUUAGAAGAUAUUAUUAGAGGAGAAGGGAAAAGAAAACGAGCUUUGCUACUAUGUAACUCAUAUUACUUUUAUGUGCAGUUCGCGAAUAUAUCUAUGCAGACACACGACGCUACAAAAGUCGCUGUAGGCGAGGGCCCUAAUAUAAUUAUAGUAUAAUACGGUAUCGGCCUUAGUGAAAAGCCGCCUAAACAAAGGCACUUUUAUAUCAUGAGUCAUGGGCUCAAUAGUUGAUCUUUGUUUAAGUAUAAGAUGGCAUACAAUAAUGAUUUUUGUUGAAUGUAAUUGUUAUAUUAAUUAAAAACCACAAGUUAUAAAAUUACAUUGAUUACUCCAUAGUGAUCCACUUACGUCGUCUUUUAUCUGCGACUUGUUUAUGUAAGGGAGGCCUACAUAAGUUGCUCUUGUCCUUUAGUUUUAGUAUUGUAAUUAGUUCGAUUCCCUCCAAAAUGGUUGAGUUGAGCGUUAUUUAAGUUAAGGAGUUAUUUUUGUUACUUAAUUUUACUUUUACUGUAAAACAUUCUCACAUGAUUGUAAUAGAUUGUAAACCUGCAAUUUGCAAAAUAUGUUUUCAAGUUUAAAAAUUGUGACCGUGUUGUUUUACAAUAGUGAUUACUUUGUUAAAAUAAAUACAUACUUUGAAUUUGA